AGCCCCUUACAGCUCCAGCCUGUGUAGCCUCCCCCCCCCCAUUUCCCCAAACCGGACUCUGCAUCGCUGUCCCAACGCGAACCCACCCACCCACACCUCUCACGCGAAAUGCACGUCUGAUUUUUUAUUUUCCGGAAGACACAAAAACAGAGUCAAACUUGAAAAGUACAAUAGGAAGGAGAAGCUACAUCGGAGAAGUUUUUCCUCUUUGCCCACAAGCUUUUGGCCCCGCGGCGGGGCAAGACAGCAAGGGUAGGCCGGGAGGGGUGAAAGGAGACCAUAUGAUGUGGAUCUGGUACCUUCUGCUUGGUUCGGGGUCAGGCUCAAGGACUGUUGAGAGCCAGCUGCUUCCAGGGAAUAACUUCACCACAGAGUGCAACAUCCCUGGAAACUUCAUGUGUGGAGAUGGGAAGUGUGUCCCAGGCGGAUGGCAGUGUGACGGAUUGCCCGACUGCUUUGACAAGAGCGACGAGAAGGGCUGUCCUAAGGUCAAGUCGAAGUGUGCUCCCACGUUCUUCGCCUGCGCUAAUGGCGUCCACUGCAUCAUCGGACGCUUCCGCUGUAACGGCUUCAGCGACUGUCCUGACGGGAGCGAUGAGGAGAACUGCACAGGCAACCCACUGGUGUGCUCCGAGUCUCGCUUCAAGUGUCGAAAUGGCCGCUGCGUAGACCGCAGUUUCCUGUGUAACGGCCAGGACAACUGCCAGGACAACAGUGACGAGGAGCUCUGCCUGACAACAGCAGAAGCUCCUGGACAGGACUUUGUGACACUGGACUACCGUCUGCGCUACUACCCCAGCAUCACGUACGCCGUCAUCGGCAGCGCCGUCAUCUUCGUCCUGGUGGUGGCAUUGCUGGCCUUGGUGCUGCAUCACCAGAGGAAGCGGAGCGUCCUGCUGCCCAGAGGCGUAAGAGGGAGCUCACAUCAUCACCACCACCACCACCAGCCCCUGCUGCUGUCCCGUCUGGUCAUCUUGGACCGUGGCCACGUACAUCCCGGAGGUCCAGGUCUCUCCCCCGGCUCCCCCACCACAGCGGGCCAAUACAGCUCAACUCCUCAGGCACUGCAGCUGCUGUCUGGGACCCUGUAUCGCUCCGGACUCUCCAUGGACUCACCUCCGUCAUACUCUCAAGCUGUUCUUGAUGCCAGUCGGCCUCCCUGGUUUGAUCUCCCUCCUCCUCCAUACCUCCCUGAUGGGGAGCUUCCAUCAGAGGGCGAGCUGCCUCAAUACGAGGGCCCGCAAGACCCUUCAAGCCGCCCUCCAGCAUGUCCCACUGCACCCUCUACACCGCGAACUGUGGCCUCGGGCACACAGCCGAGUUCCAGCUCCAGAGAAGAGUCUGACCAGCUGUAGCCACUCUCUUUUUUAGACUGAUAAUAGUGAGAACUUAAGAGACCGCAGGACCGAAGGGCCAGGCUGCAGGGUCGCGUGAGACCGGGACAGUCCACAACAAAGACCUGCUGCGCUGUGGAGACUCAACAGGGACUGAGAGACUGAACAGCAUCUUCAACUCACUUCCAACACAUUGGCUUACUGAAGCACUGGACUGAGACCAGCUUCCCCCUGCUACACUGAUCUUGUUUGCUGGCUCCCCCUGCUGGGGUCAUGGCUGCACUACACCUUGAUCGGUUACAUAUUCAGUCAUCUGUCAUCAGUUCAGUGUUCCCGUUGAAGAGGUGCUGUGUAUGAGUAUGUAACAGUGACUCCAAUCCGUGUGUCCAAAGAAGUAGGAGUAAACUGCCACUCAUUAACAUCAUAUAUGAUGAAAGCAAAAUGUGGCAGCACCUGAAAUGGUCAUUCUGUUGUAGUAUAAUCAAGCUAGAGUGGCAGCACCUGGAGAAUUGAAUGAAAAUGAUGCAGCAUUUUGUAAUACUCCUCACUCUACUUUACUCUACAAUGUUUUCCAUUGUACGGUUUAUAAAAGAUUUUUAUUGUGUUUAAAUUGUAAAGUACCUGAAUACUAGAUAAAAUCUAAACUGUUAAGAAUCAGUGGUACAUGUGAUGAUUAACUGUACUAAGAGAAUUUUAGCAAUGACAUGUUGUUACUUGUUGUCACUGAUCUUACUCUCACUGAACUUUAAGAUUCGUUCAAAAUGAAGACAGUACAAUGUAAGACUUGUGUUGCGUUUAAGAACUUAACAGAAACACAUGCAGCCCAGUCUGAGGUACCCAAACAUUUAAACCUGUUUCCUCAUUGUUGAUGUGAACGGGGGAACUGAUUAUGUGGCCUGUAAAAAACACAUUUUGUGUCUUACUUGGUGGUACUUAAAGCAAGAGACAUUUCUAAAAGUCAGUGGAGGUUUUUGUGCUGUUUUUCACAAAUUAUUUUCACAGUAUUUCUUGUUGUCAUUUGGUUAAAUUCCAGCUAAAAAUGUGAGAAGGACCAUUGAGAUUUCAUUAAAUGAUGCUUGGCAAAGAUUACAUAAGUAUAUGGUAUAUGUCUUUACCAAGUGAGUUUCAUCUAUCAUUCCUCUGAGCAAAAGAAACACCUCUGCUGGCAAAGAUAACAUUGUUUUAUUACAUUUCUGUCUGAAUAACAGACCAAGAAUGUUUUUGGUUUUUUUUGUAAAGACAAAAAGAAGUAAACACAAAGGAUUUUGUUGAGGCCUUAUUCUGUGCCAGUUUGGCCUUUAGUGCCUUUAUAUGUGAUGUGUUUUUGGGCACAAAUAGCUUAUUUAAAGCAUAUAUAACAUAUAAAAUGAUCUUCUUUCACAUCAGAUUGUUCAAAUUCUGCUGGAGAUGUGUUAAUGGAAUAAUUUGUUAACUUUGGCUGCACUUCAUUAAGGAUUAUCAUCCUCAGAAGCAUUGAACAACAGCUGAUGAAAUCCAUAACUGAAGGAUCUGUGUUAUAAAUGUAUGAUUGUCUUUUGGUCUUUGCUCAUUUCAAAGUGGUUUGUUUGACACUGUACAUAGGAGAUAGGAAAGUAAAGAAAUCUAUUUAAAAGUAGAAACGUGCUUAGAGUUUAAAGUGAGAGCUGAAUGUGUAACAGUAAAACGUAGUUGUGCUUUGCCUCUUAGUUUUCCUCUAGAGCCAGCAGUGAUGAUGCUGGCACAAGACAACCAAUCAAACCAAAGAUAAUCAUUAUUGGCCUUUUCUCCAAGGAUAUUAGCCUCCAAAGGAAUGAUUAUGUGUCACAACUGUCUGUACCGUUAUUGUAUUAAAAUGUGCAAAGGUUUAUUGAGUCAAAAAGAAUUCAUGUUAUUUGCUGUAAAACUGGAAAACAUUUCUCAGGAGAAAAUUGAUGUUCUGUUGUUUAUAUCUUGGUUUUAUUUUAAGGAAAGUUUAAGAUCAAAUUCCAUUUUUUCUUUUCCUGAUGUUUCCCAUCAUUAUCUUUUUAUCCACUGUACUCUGUACAAAGUAAUAUAAAUUUGUGACUCAGAUCUGAUGUGUAUGAGUCUUC